AUGGGUUUAACAGCAGCAGAAAAAAGCAGCAUUUGCAAGAAAAGGAAAACGCAGAUCAAGGCGUUAGAGCGCAUACAUGCAUAUGUAAUGUCGUUCGAUAGCAGCGCGUAUGAUAUCAGUGAAUUGGAAGCUCGAUUGGAAAGGUUAUCUGACAUCAAAGAAGCAUUUGAAAAACUUCAAAUACAAUUGGAAGAUGAAGCAGAGAACAGUGACGAAGAUGAAAUACGUGCAGCAUUUGAAGAAUCAAUGUUUACUGUUCAAGCUAAGAUCAAGAUGUUCAUACGAAAGGCAAAUGCAUUAACAACAGCUGCUACUGAGACACAUGUAAGACUUCCCAAGAUAGAAUUACCCAAGUAUGAUGGUGAUAUUAAAGAGUGGCCAAAUUUCAAAGAUCUCUUCUGUACACUAGUCCAUAAUAGUAAAACCAUAUCAACAAUUCAAAAGUUCAUGUUCCUAAAGAGUUCAUGUCCAUUAAAUGGUCAUGCGCUCAGUAUGAUUCAAUCCAUGCCAGUUACAGGCAGUAACUACCAAUCAGCAUGGCAAUCAUUAAUUGACAGGUAUGACAAUCUACAGAUCUUAGUAUCUAGUCACCUCAAAAUGAUAUGCCAAGAACCAAUUAUAAAAAAAGGAUGCACAGAUGAGUUAAGAAAGUUAAUAACUGAAUUAAAUCAAAACGUAAGGGCAUUACAAGAGUUGGGUGUACCUGUAAUACAUUGGGAUACAAUAAUUAUUUAUUUAACAAAUCGUCGAUUACCUCAAGAUUUGAGAGAAAAAUGGUGUCGAACUGCAACAAACCAGGAUCUAAAACAAGGCAAGUGGCCAACGUUUAAACAAUUUAUUGAAUUUUUGGAAACAGAGUGUUAUGCGUUAGAGUCUGCGAAGAUUGAUCAACGUAUUGUAGGACAAGUUAAACCACAGAUGCGUUCAAACAGUCAUGUAGCUACUACAAGCAACAAUUCAUACAAUAAGUGUAGUGUAUGUCAGGACACUUCACACAAAAUAUUUUACUGUCCACAAUUUCUAAAAAUGACUGUCAAGGAUAGAGCAGAAGUAGUAAAGAAGAAUAAACUAUGCUUUAAUUGCCUAAAGCCAGAAUGUCACUCAUUCAAAUGCACAAGUCGAGCAUGUCUAAAAUGCAACAAUAAACAUAACACACUACUUCACAUUGAAAAUUACAAAUCAAAUGCAAACAAACAGAAUAACAAAGGUGAAGAAAGUGAUUCAUCACCUCAAGAGCAAAAAAAUAAAAUCUCAGUUCAGUCAAAGACCACUAACAACUCAAAUGAAGAAAUCAAUGAAUCUAAUGUAAACUGUGCUAGCGUCAUACAACAACCACAUGUGCUAUUAUGGACAGCCAAGGUGCAUGUGAAGGACAUAAAUGGCAAGUUGCAAGUAUUUAGAGCAUUGUUAGACAAUGGAUCACAAUCUAAUUUUGUCACUCAACAGUGCAUAUCAGAUCUGGGAUUGACAGCGACAAGCCGUAUUACUAAAGUAAGUGGAGUAAGUGCGCUAUCAUCUUGCAGUGAAGCUGUCAUAACGUUACAAAUAAUGUCACGUACGUCAACUUUCAAACAAAAUUUAGAAUUUCUAGUAAUGAAAAAAAAUCACCAACGACUUACCUACUUCAAGUAUUCCAGUACAAGGAAUCAAAUUACCAUCUGGAUUAACUCUAGCUGA